GGAGUGCAGGAGGCACAGAUUUUCUACAGGCAACAUUUUACUUAUUUUUAUUCAAUGUGACCUACCUCCUCAGUUUACUGAGAAAUGUGCGGGCUAUAUAAUACUUAUGUAGUAGGCUGUUUUAUAUUUCUUUUAAUUAAGAGACUUUCAGACAUGAUCGAAAAAAUUAUCUGACAUGGGGAAUUCAUAACAACAAGACGUUGGUUUCACUCUUCCCGUUGAUCGUGUUUGCAAUGGGCGCCGUGGGGAUGGACGGCGUCGCCGAGCAGAUCCGGACCUUCACAUACACCGACCCGGUCAGCGGCAGCUCGGUGGAGUGCGACCGCUGCCCGCCCGGGACCUACCUGCGCGCACGCUGCACGUCUACGGCUAAGAGCGUGUGUGUCCCCUGUCCGUCAGGCUCUUUCACGGAGCUGUGGAACUCAAUCGCAAAGUGCCUGCGCUGCGGGGUGUGCGGCCAUUACGAGGUGGUGAGGACAGCAUGCUCCGCAGACAGCGACCUCCAGUGCGAGUGUAAUCAGGGAUACUACUACAAGAAGAGCAGCGGCAUGUGCCACCGCCACAGGCAGUGUCCUUCCGGUCAAGAAGUGCUGACCAAAGGUGGAGCGGAUGAGGACACAACGUGCCACAGUUGUCCCAUCGGCACAUACUCAGACACUGCCUCGGCUCACCAGAACUGCACGCAACACAAACGUUGUGAUGCUCCAGAACUACAGCUGGUGCUGAAGGGUUCCACCUGGCACGACAGCGUGUGCAAGAAGAGGGAAGAGCUUGAAUCAAGAGACGGAGGAGACUACCUCAAAGAAAUCCUUCCAGCUUUCUUUGUUCACCAGAAAAUGUGCAUUAGGCGUCUGCGUCAAAUCGUGCACAAGCUCCGGUCUGAGGAUGGCAAAAAACAAAGAAGUUCAGGACUUAACCUUUCAGCUCUUCAUGUACAGAUCAACACUUGGGUUGCUUCUGCCACAGCCAAUCAGAUUCGGCAGCUUCCGGCGAUAUUGACAAAAACAGGAGCGAAUAGCGCUGGUGAGAGACUACUGAACAAGCUGAAGAAAAUCGACUCAAAUCUGAGUCAAAUAUCGCUGGAUGCUUUGGGGACCAAGGUGGAUGUUAUUGUAAUGUCUGAGUAGGUUUUUUUUUUCAUGUAGUUCAAAAUUGCUGCCCUAUUCAAGAUGCACUGACAAUACAGGCUUUAGUACUUUUUGCAUUAGUUAAAGGAGAAUACCGGUCAAUUAGAGGAAUAGUUCAUUUACUUCUGCAUCGAGCUGAUUUCCGUUACACAUUUUUCAGUGCAUUUCAGUUCUUUGGUUUUUCUUCUUUAAAAUUGACCAAACAAUCCAAACUUGAUUGUAUCAUCUACCUGGAAAUGACCUACUGUCCUGUUAAACCACAUGUUUUACAAUCAAAAUGAACGUUAUAAUAAAUUAUGUAAGGCAA